AUAGAACUCAGAUCUCUUGAAUCCCAAUUUCCCAAAUUAACCAUUAAUGAAUACUCUCUUCAUAUUCAAAGCACUCCACAAACAUUAAUUAAUCCUAAAACUAAUUUUCACAAUGGAAAGAGGCAUCAGAGCAGAUUUUACAUAACUCAAAGAAUCACUCAUCAGUAUAUCUGGCUCAGUGCUGGGUCCCAACUGAGCAAAGACUGAAGGGUACCAAAUUAAGUGUGAUUCUUUUGGGGAUUCUGGCAAGUGGGAACUGAGGAUAGUAUCAGCAAGUUUAUUUCACUUUCAAGCAGGGGCUUAGGAGGGGAAAGAGAAGGGGCACAAAAGCAUUUUAAGGCUGCAUUCUUUACAAAUGGAAGCUCCUGGGCUUCACUUGUCAGAGAGUUCCUUUCGCUCAUCAUCAUAUUGCAUUGCCCUAGGUCACUUUAGCUCUUAUCCCACAACACACUGAUUUCUACUAGGCCCAUCUUCCCUCUGCCCCUAUUACUUGUGGAAUAACAGGAGCAAAAGGAAGUUAGUGAAUGCAUGGUCAUCUAGUAUUCCUGAACAGUAGCUGUGCACAGACAUGAACAUUUAUAUUACCUGUGUGACAGAAUGUACCUGUGUCCACACCCCACAUCCUGUUGUAAUAAUCUUUGCACAAAGCAUACCCUUACAGAAUCAUUUAAGAACUCAUAAUUUCCUGGUCAUUAUCAUCCUGAUAAAAUGUGUGGCAACAUUGCAUGUGAAGUCAUGAGAUUCCACUGUAAUGUGUUAUUAAUUCAUGUUCCAAACUGAGGUUGGCAAACAGGUCUGUCUCAAACAAAAGAAUGUGUGCUCUGCUUAAUUUGCAUGUAAACAGUAAACAAAGUAAUCAAACAGGAAGGGAAACAAAGGGCACUCAAACAAGUGAGGAAAAAGUAGCAAAGAACAUCCUGCCCUAUAGAUUCUUUGUCUCCUGAAUUUCAUCUGGAAAUGUUUUUCAAAAGGGGGACUGACACUAUAAAAAGGAAGGACGAACACCCUAAGAUAUCCCGUCUCUCUUUGCCCAUCAAUUCACAGCACCCAAAGGAAUAAAGGAAGUAGACAUUGGACUGGAGAAGGAGUCCUGACCUAAGGAGUUUGGUCCGUAAGACUGCUGAAAACAUGUGAUAUAUGCAUGCUGCUGUCCUGUGUGCACCUGAUUCGCCGACCUCUCCAGUGCAUCCAGCCUUUGCUUGUCUUGCCUUCACGCUCCUUCAUGGAUCUAAAAGCUCUAGUUUCCUCCUUGAAUGACUUUGCUUCACUCUCUCUGGCUGAAAGCUGGGACAAUGUAGGACUACUGGUAGAACCGAGCCCACCCCAUACUGUGAGCACACUCUUCCUAACUAAUGACCUUACAGAGGACGUAAUGCAGGAGGCAUUGCAGAAGAAGGCCGAUCUUAUCCUCUCUUACCACCCACCCAUAUUCCGAGCACUCAAGCGCAUAACAUGGAAAACCUGGAAAGAGCGUCUUGUGAUCCGGGCUUUGGAAAACAGAGUUGGCAUUUACUCUCCACACACAGCAUAUGAUGCCAUACCUCAUGGAGUCAAUAACUGGCUAGCCAAAGGACUUGGUGUCUGUACCACUGUCCCACUACACCCAUCAGUGGCUCCCAGCUACCCAACUGAGGGCACUCACCGAGUGGAAUUCAGUGUGGACCAUACUGAGCACCUGGAGACAAUUCUAUCUAGCAUGCGAGGGAUCCCAGAGAUUUCAUCUCUCAUUACUCUCCCUGCCAGGGCUGAAGGUGAGGAGCAGACACGAGUCAGUUUGAACUGCACCCAGAAGGCGCUGCUGGAGGUGGUGGCAUUAUUGUCACGGAACACCCUUUAUCACAAGACUGAAAUAAUGUUAUUACAGAAGCCUCUGCUUCCACAUACUGGAAUGGGACGCCUAUGCACGCUGAGCGAGCCAGUCUCCCUGUCAGCCUUGACUGAACGAAUCAAAAGCCACCUAAGGCUGCCUUACAUACGCCUGGCCCUGGGAACGGGGAAGACAUUAGAAGCCAACGUGAAGGUGGCUGCUGUGUGCGCUGGCUCUGGGAACAGUGUCCUGCAGGGUGUGGAAGCCGACCUCUAUCUCACUGGAGAGAUGUCCCACCAUGAAGUACUGGAUGCUGUUGCCAAAGGGAUAAGUGUGAUUCUGUGUGAGCACAGUAACACUGAGCGAGGCUUUCUGUCAGAGCUGCGAGAUAUGCUGGCUACACACUUAGAGAAUAAGAUCACCAUCAUUGUGUCAGAGAGCGACAGAGACCCUCUUCGGGUGGUAUAGAAGAAAGCAAGGGUUGCAGCAUGGAGUCCAGAGUUUGUGUCCCACACAGACUUAAUGCACGUGCAAAUUUGAUUAAGAUGUUCUGAACUGGUGCAGUCCCGAAUAACUGUACAAUACAUUCCCCAAAGUGUGGGAGAGGUAAACUAUCUGUCAGGUAAAGAAGGUUAAUUUUGGGCUGAAAAACUAUUUCCUUAAGUUUACUACUUGCUGUAUUCAGUAGGGAUGGGAUAAUGAGACUGUAACCGAGUAAUCCAGCAAGAACAAUAUAGAUUGGUAACAUCAAGCCUCUGUAGCUUGGUUUCAUAGCCCCACCAGUACUAGAAUAUGUCCCUAAUCAUUAGUACAAAAGUGACUUACAUUUUAGGGAGUGGAACUCCUGUUAACAUUUCAUUAACUAUUUACAGAUUGUUGACUCUAAAUACUGCUAAUGCACAGCAAACUGAAUAAAAAAUGUGGAACAAAA